AUGCAGCAGCAGCAGCAGCAGCAGCAGCGGCAGCAGCUUAUGCAACACCAGGCCCACAGCUACAGAUGCAGAUACACUUGCGGAGGUUUGCAAAAUCACACGACGACGCGGUGCGACGCGUUGCCGAUGAGCUCUGAGUUGCAGUCUCAGCCUCUGGGUCUGAUCUUUGCCGCCGUUCAAGGUGUCUGCCUGGCCCCGAUCGCGCUGCACUCUAUCAGUGUAUAUGUGCGCUUGCGAUUCUUUAUCUGCACUUUGGCCUUGCUGGGAGUGGCUCAGGCGGGUUUGCUGCCGCAUCUGGAGCACGAUCAUCAUCACGAGGAGCUGCCGCACUUUGUCGACUCUGAGGUGCAUCACUCGAACGGCAUUCACUUGGGCCACAGCUCCGCUCUUGUGAUCGAUGGUGCCGAUCACCAUUUGGACGCAGUGCCGCAUCCCGUUUACCAUCAUGACGGCUACUCUGCCCAUUUGGAUCACGAUGUGCACGCUCAUGACCAUGUGCAUCACGCUCAUGUGCAUGCCCCGGCCAAGAUUGUCAGCCAUGAGCCCAUUCAUGAAGUGGAGCCAGUGCACCAUGUGCACAAGGUGGUGCAUGAUGAGCCACACCACUUCCUGCACUAUAGAAAUCCUGUGGUCGAUCAUCACAUCAUUCACAACACCCACGCACACAUCGAUGAGCAUGCUCAUGCCCACGCUGACUUGCAUCAUUAUGCCCACCACUCGGCUCCAUUGGUGCACCAUCAUCAUUCGGCUCCGCUGGUGCACCACCAUCACACCCAUGCUGCUGUGGUGCACAAGGCCGCCUUCCCAGCCCACUUGGACGUACACAGCCAUGCCAAUCUGCUGUCCUUUGCCAAGCAUCAUUUGCACGGCAAAUACGGCAAAGUGAGAAUCACCGAGACGCAUUACUGAGAGAUUUCCCCCAAAACACCAAUACACCACAUUACACACACACGCUUA